AUGACGAUGAUGAUAUUGUUUCGCCCGAAAAGUUCUCAUCCUUCUUCUUCAGCCUCAGCUGUUCUCAAGUUUCUUCUUCAACAGCAAAUGGGUAUUUCUACUUUCAAGAGCAGCAAUCAUAAUUUCUGUCAUGGGUAUUUUUGGUCCCUAAAUCAUUUGGUUGAUCUUGAUGGUCUAGGCUUGAAAUGUGAAAUUUUAUGUGCUGAUUACAAAUUAGUGGGUCAUAUAGCUCUAGAUCAGACAAUGUUCCCUGAAAAUACCCCUGUUUUUGUAUUAGAUGUAUUAGCCCAUUCAUCUCUUUGGAAGACAGGGCUUGAUUACCAGCAUGGUACUGGGCAUGGUGUGGGAGCAGCAUUAAAUGUUCAUGAAGGUCCUCAAAGUAUUAGCUUUCGAUACAGAAAUAUGGCUCCCUUGCAGAAAGGAAUGAUAGUAAGCAAUGAACCAGGUUACUAUGAAGGUCAUGCUUUCGGCAUUCGAAUUGAGGUUCGUAUCUUUGCUAUUCGUGCAUUCACUUGUCUGCAACUCUUGAAAAUCAAAAUUGCUGCAAUAAUAUGUUGGCUAACCCUGACUACGAAGGCGAAUGCCAUGUUGCGCUCACCGGAUAAGGUCAUUACAGGCCCGGAGAGAACAGACUCACAUGCAUGCACUGCUGGAGCAUUUCGCCAAUUUGCAACUAGAAUUGGCAAUACUAAUGCUGGUUUCGUAUCAGGCAUUGAGAAAUUCCCGCUCAAGGUCUGA